UACAGGUGAGAAGAUAUGCCUACUGGCUCUUUGUUUUCAUAAAGGAAGAGGGUUUCAUUUAACUUUGUUUAUUCUUGUGUUACAGAAAGGUAUCCAUGAGUGGAACUUCAGCGCUGCGUCCAUCAGGGGAGUAAGCAUUUCGAAGUUUGAAGAACGGUGCUGUUUUCUGUAUGUGCUGCACAAUUCUGAUGACUUUCAAAUCUAUUUCUGCACGGAAGUUCAUUGUAGAAGGUUUUUUGAUAUGGUGAACAGCAUCACUGAAGAAAUAGGGAAGUCUACAGAGGAAGGAGAAUGUGAUGGAGACUCCCUGGAGUAUGACUAUGAAUAUGAUGAAAAUGGCGAGCGAGUCGUUCUGGGGAAAGGAACUUAUGGCAUUGUGUAUGCAGGACGAGAUUUGAGCAAUCAAGUCAGAAUUGCUAUUAAAGAAAUCCCAGAGAGAGAUAGCAGAUACUCCCAACCUCUGCAUGAAGAAAUAGCCUUGCAUAAGCAUCUCAAACACAAGAACAUUGUCCAGUAUUUGGGGUCUCUUAGUGAGAAUGGUUUCAUUAAGAUAUUCAUGGAGCAGGUGCCUGGUGGCAGUCUUUCUGCUCUUCUACGAUCAAAAUGGGGACCAUUAAAAAAUAAUGAGCAGACAAUUGGCUUUUACACUAAGCAGAUUCUCGAAGGAUUAAAAUACCUCCAUGAUAAUCAAAUAGUGCAUCGAGACAUAAAGGGUGAUAAUGUGCUUAUCAACACUUACAGUGGAGUGUUAAAAAUUUCAGACUUUGGAACUUCAAAGAGACUUGCGGGAAUCAACCCUUGUACUGAAACUUUCACUGGUACCCUUCAGUAUAUGGCACCAGAAAUAAUUGACAAAGGGCCACGUGGUUAUGGGAAGGCUGCAGACAUCUGGUCUUUGGGAUGUACUAUAAUUGAGAUGGCUACAGGGAAACCCCCAUUUUAUGAACUGGGAGAACCGCAAGCAGCUAUGUUUAAGGGGUAA